AUGGAGAACAAAAAGUUUUUAGCUUUCCAGAUAAUAUAUCUUCUUGGCUUAAGUUUUGUGUUGUAUUUAUCAGUAGCAGUUGCUAAUGAAAAGGCAGUGCUGGAACCGCUAGCUGAGACAGAUGAGGAGCGGAAUACCAUGCAAACUUAUAUUGUUUGGGUGAAGAAGCCAGUCCAGAAAUACUUUUUCUCAAAAUCUCAUGAAGAUUUAGAGAGUUGGUAUCACACAUUUUUGCCCACAACUAUAGCAAGCUCAAACCAGUUGAAGAAGCCACAAAUGGUUCACGCAUACCGCAAUGUGGCCACUGGGUUUGCAGCAAAAUUGACGCCGGAGGAAGUAAAGGCAAUGGAAAAGAAAGAAGGGUUUUUGUCUGCUCAUCCAGAGCAAAUUCUGCCUUUGCAUACUACUCAUAGUCCUAACUUCUUGGGGCUGCACCAAGGAUUGGGAGUUUGGAAGGGAUCAAACUAUGGUGAAGGUGUGAUCAUUGGAGUUCUGGAUACUGGGAUAUCACCUGAUCAUCCUUCAUUUAGUGAUGAAGGAGUAGCCCCUCCUCCAGCUAAAUGGAAAGGCAAGUGCGACUUCAAUGGAACAGUUUGCAAUAAUAAGCUUAUUGGUGCAAGAAAUUUCCAAGGUGGGCAAACUACGGGAGGCCCUCCAGUUGACAAUGAAGGUCAUGGCACCCACACAUCCAGCACAGCUGCAGGAAAUUUUGUGAAAGGUGCCAAUGUGUUUGGAAUGGCCAAUGGCACAGCGUCUGGCAUGGCACCUUAUGCUCACCUGGCAAUUUACAAGGUCUGUUCUGAGGAGGGUUGUGCUGAAGGUGACAUCUUAGCCGCUCUUGAUACUGCUGUGGAAGAUGGUGUGGACGUGCUCUCCCUCUCGCUCGGAGGUGCCUCAGUUCCUUUUUAUGCUGAUGGGAUUGCAAUUGGUGCAUUUGGAGCAAUACAAAAGGGAAUUUUUGUCAGUUGUUCAGCUGGAAAUUCGGGUCCUUUCUAUGCUUCUUUAGCAAAUGAGGCACCCUGGAUUCUCACAGUUGGAGCAAGCACCAUUGACAGAAGCAUAAAAGCGACAGCAUUGCUUGGAAAUGGAGCAGAAUAUGACGGUGAAUCAUUAUUCCAGCCAAAAGAUUUUAGUUCAAAAUUAUUACCUCUUGUUUAUGCAGGCGCAAAUGGAAAACAAUCAUCAGCAUUCUGUGAUGCUGGAUCACUUGGAAACGUUGAAGGGGCAAUAGUGUUGUGUGAGAGAG